CCCAGCCAUCAAUCAGUGCGAGUACCAAUCGGUCGAACGAAGGACGGAAUCCGGAGCAGGAAAUUUUCAAUCGUCCUAGUAUUCUAUCGGGACCUAGCUAGCUAGCUAAUCUGCCCCAUUUCGACGACACUCUUUCAGCGGGUGACCCACACAUCACAUCACAUUCUAGGAAGAAUUAUGGAACUGGUCAGACUGCUCAGCGUCCUGCUCAUCUGCGCCUCUUUGAUCUUCGUGUGUGAGGGUCAGCUAACAUUUUCAACCGGAUGGGGCAACGGGAAACGAUCGGCUGCCGGACUCACUUCUUUCAAUGGACCUUUCGGCUACGAUUGUAAGCCGAGUGACUCUUCGCUGAUGGCAAUCUACCGAAUGAUUCAGACUGAAGCCCAAAAAAUGCUGGAAUGCAGCCAGAAGUCCUAGGAAAUAGACGUAUCAGUACUAACUUGCCAAUACUAGCUGUCAGCUGUACCAAAUUCCACUGGAUGUCAUCAAAAUCGAAGCAUACGAAGCAUUGAAAAAAAUAAAUAAAAAUUCUGUACAGUGUAAAAUUAGUUGUUAUAAAUAAUUUAUUGAAUUAUAAUCAUACAGAGGGCAGGAGUCUUUGAGAUUUGAUUAUCGCGUGGUAGCUUUACUUUGAAAUAAAGAAAAAAAAUGCCGCCAAAUACCACCGGAUACAGUCCUUUCAACAUAUAACAUAUACUUUAAGGCGCGUAAAAUGGCAUAAGUGAAAACUGGUGUUACUGUUUCAUUUCCAUAACUUUCGCUUCGAAAGAUGGCCUUUUUGGACAGGAUAGGAUACGCCGACAGGAAACAGUCGGUCAACCCCGGACAGAAGCGUGCUUACGCGUGACCUGAAAUAAAAAUGAGAGAAACAAAUCUUACCAAUUUCGAAUGCAAGCUGAUUUGAAAAGUUUUCGACCAAAAUUUUGAGCUUUAAAUAUAUCACACUCUCCCAUACACAAUAAGGAACAAUCAGCGAAACGCGAAUCUUUCGUUUUGGCAUUUUCAAUUCAAAUAAAUUGGAGAUGUCCUGUGUAGUGGUAACUCGUAUAAUUUUCAGCCCAUCAAGUUGCAGUUUUGAGAACUGCGUCUUAACCCUCA